AGUUGAGGCAGGACAUAUAUAACGAAGAAGAAGAAGAAGAAGAAGAACGGAAGCAGUGCUUCUUCAUCAGCCAAUGGCGCCUUCUUCUUCUUCAACUUCCACUGAUCAAGCCUCUGCCAAGAAGGUCAGAAAGCCUUACACCAUUACCAAAUCCAGAGAGAGCUGGUCCGACGAAGAACACGACAAGUUCCUCGAAGCUCUUCAACUAUUUGACAGAGAUUGGAAGAAAAUUGAGGAUUUUGUAGGCUCAAAAACUGUUAUUCAGAUUCGUAGCCAUGCCCAAAAGUACUUCUUGAAAGUUCAAAAGAACGGGACAACUGCACAUGUGCCUCCUCCUCGUCCUAAGCGAAAAGCUGCUCACCCUUACCCACAAAAGGCAUCAAAAAAUGUUUUGAUGCCAUUUCCAGCAUCUAUUGCUUAUGAUUCUUCAAGAAACACCCUUUUACCUGGCUAUGCAGUAACAUGGGAUGAAAAUUCAAUGCUCAUGAAUGCUGAAUCCAAUAAACUCAUGCUCUGCCAGGAUGAACUCAUCACAAAUCUUACUGGAAAUGAAGAUGAUAUUGGAUCAAGGGGGAUUAGAAUGCCGGCGGCUACUGAGAUGCCAAAUCAUGGAAAACAAGCUUGUGUAAUUCCUGGUUUGCCGGAUUUUGCUGAAGUUUACAGCUUUAUUGGAAGCGUUUUUGAUCCUGACACUAGAGGCCAUGUUCAUAAGCUGAAGGAAAUGGAUCCUAUAAAUUUUGAAACUGUUUUGUUGUUAAUGAAAAAUCUCACAAUCAACUUGUCUAGCCCUGACAUUGAGCCCUUUAAGAAGUCAUUGUCGUUAUAUGAUGUCAAUACAAAGACAGUUGGAAUUGAAUGUCAAGAACAAACAAAUGACCUAUCAUGUCUAACAGCUUAGCUAGCUACCCAUUUUGGUGGAUUUGGUAAGUGUUCUUUCAAUCAUUUGUUGCAUCGUUUUCUCUCCUUUUCAAUAAAACCUGCUUUUACAGUUGGCUGUGCCAAAUUUGGAUGGAAGACCGCAGUUUCACGAAGCAAGAGUCAGCAAAGAAUAAUGCACUCUCUUUGUGAAGCCUUUAAAGAUAAAAGUGACCAGACAACUAUGGCCUUUGUAGCCUCGGCCAGGGGGAGAGAGUGUAUAAAUGAUAGAAAAUGCUGCUGAAGAUGCAAAUCCGAAAUAUUCUUCAGCAAAUACUAUAUUGGAUACAUAUAUAAGCUUUUGUAGUAUUUGAUGCAUGUGGUCUUGAAGUAGACACACAUAUAUAUAGUUCUGAUUAUUAUUACUAUUUACUACUAUAAUUGAGGUUUCAAGUGUAUUUAUAUAGGCAGGGGGGAGAUGGGGAGACACCUAUUAUGAAUGUGGCUUUUCACUUCGGAAGAUGUAUAAACUUGAAGACAAAACUUGUUAUGUAUGUCUUUCUUGAUUGGGGGUAGAGAUACCAGCUUUAAGCUUUCAACUAUCAGCAUAAGUGCAUCAGAAUGGAAAGUGAUCCCAAUUUCUUCACACAUGUGAUCUGGAUUAUGUAUAGUAUAAUAACGGCCACCAGUUUGGAAUUUCAUAUUGUUAUCGUAUAUCUAGAAACUAUACCGACAUUUUUCAAACUGGGGACCAAUACAAGAGGAGGUCUUUAGAAUGCUUAAGUUGAUAUUUUAAUUACAAUUUCAAUUACUUCCCA